CAUGGACAAGGCUGAAUAGCAAUUGACAAUCAGAAUCGAAAGGAAAAGGACACCAGGAGUAUUCUGGUCCUGUUCCACUUCCCACCAGGGGUUUGACAGGCAAUACUCCUGAUCCGAUGGCAAAAUGCCCCCUAGUUUGCACAGGUGACAACACGACAAGGUGUCUUGUGUGUACCGCUGCCGUAUAUGUCAAAAUCCUGAGUCGCUUCACAUCCCAAGCCUCUGAAACCCUUGAGGAAUGCCUGAGGUUCUUCCAUGGGAGGUGUUUGUGAAGCAGGCCACGCGGACUGUAGCAUCGGCCUAUCUCCAGGGUCGAAGUCCAUCAGUGGAGGUGUUGGAGCAGACGGUGGUGGCCACCGCUGCAGCUGGCCAGUGGGCCUGGGCGUUGCACUUCUUGGAGUUCCCAGAAGGACGGACUUCAAGAAGUUGUGAAGCUUUCUUGCGAAGUCUUUCAAGGUCGAAGCAAUGGCAGUUGCACCUGAGACUCUUCGAAGAGCUCUACAUGAAGGGAAUUCCAAUGUCAGAUGGUGCGGUGCAUGCUGCCUUGUACUCUUGCAAAGCUGCGAGUGCUUGGGCCCAUGCGGAAAUCUUGCUGACUCGUCAUCCCAGCUUAAAAUCUUUCAGCCUGGUGUUGGGGAUCUCUCCUUGGGAUCGAGCUCUUGAGAUCUUGGCCCAGAUGACACCAGCGCAGCAGAGCACGGUGAGCUUGAACCAUUUGAUCAGCAGCCUGGGCCAAAGCUUGCGAUGGGCCUUGGCCUUGCAGCUGGGACAUCAGCGACAACAGCUGAGCAAUGGGCACCGAAUGGCGACAGCCAAGGCGAUGAUCAGCGCCUGUGAGAAGGGAUGCCAAUGGGAGGCCGCUUUGCAGCUCUCGCACGAGCUGGAAGAAGCAGGGCUCGUGGAUGUGGUCUCUUGUUCCUCCUGCAUCCGCGCACUGGCAAAAGCAAACCAAUGGCAACGGGCGGAACUCUUGCUGGAGAAGAUGUUGCGACGUGGGCCUGAGCCCAACAUAAUAACCUUUAACUGUUUGAUCAGUGCGUGUGGAGGGGACCAGUGGCCGCGGGGUUUGCAUCAGCUGUCUGAGCUGCCUCUUCAUGCGCUUGUUGCAGAUGACUUUACUCUGGUCACCAGCAUCAGUCGGCUUCCACUAUGGCAGCCAGGCCUCUUCUUGUUGAGGACUUCUAGAUCUCAAAGCACCGAAUGCAAAGAAGCAUUCAGUGCUUUGAUGAGCAGCCUCAACCGCCAAUGGAUGACAUCUCUUGCCUUGCUCCGAUACAUGCACCAAAGGGAUCUCGAGACCAGCCUGCCUUGCCAACAGGGAGUCUUGUUGACACUGAAAAGCUCAGAUCAAUGGGAGAGGAUGGUGAACGUCAUGGCACCAGCCAGUCACGGUCGCAGUGCUUGGCGCCGUCGGGGCACCAUGUCCUCGCUCCAGCUGAGCACCGAAGGAAGAGCCUCCCGCUGGAGGGAGGCGGUGAGCUUCUUUCGAGGGAUGUUGAACGGACACAUCGAGGUGUCCUCCUCUGAAACCACUGCGGCCAUCUCUGCAUGUGAUGUUGGGCCACAGUGGCCACUGGCCUUGGAGAUUUUUCGGCGCUCUGGCAUGAGGAGCACUUCCACCUUCAAUGGAGCGGUGAGCGCGUGUCAAGAGGGAGCAUGCUGGGUGUUGCCACUGAGUUUAUUGGAUCUCAUGAAGACCUGUCUCGUGAAAUCUGAUGCUCUGAGCUUUAACUCCGUCCUCACCUGUUGCGAGAAGGCCAAGCGCUGGGAGUUCUCCUUUCGCUUGGCUCGCGGGGCCUCCGCCGCUGCCGAACGCCUCGACGCGCUGACCGCCUCGGUGGCCGCGGCCGCCUCGGCGCAGCGCUGGCGCUGGGCGCUGCAGCGGAUGGCGGCGGGGGGAGACGCGGUGACGGCGGUGUGCUUGGAGGUGGCCUUGGAAGCCUGUGAGAUGCAGAACCAAGGGCGCCAAGUGGUGGAGCUUUUGGACAAGCUUCAGCUGAGUGGGG